AUGAACCAUGAGCCCCCAACAGACGCCGGAUACUCCAAAAGCAGCUUCGACUGGAGCAAGAUCCAGUUCAAGUAUCCUCCUCAGACGACGUCCGCAUUCACACUGCCCAAGACGCGCGCAAAGUCGUUUCCCCGCAUCCAGCACGCGUUUAGGGCGGAAUCUAGCGCCGCCGCUUCAGCUCGCGAAGAGCGUCGCCAGGCGGUUCGCGAUGUUUUCACCAAGGACUGGGCCAACUAUCGCCAAUACGCCUGGAAGAAGGAUGCGCUCAAUCCCAUUUCCGCGACUCCUAAAGACCAGUUCUCGGGCUGGGCGGCGACACUGGUGGACUCUCUCGACACACUCUGGAUCAUGGGCAUGAGGGAGGAAUUCGACGAAGCAGUCUCUGCCGUCGUGCAAAUCGACUUUGGACAAUCCAGCUCCUUCAGAGUCAACAUUUUUGAAACCACCAUUCGGUACUUGGGCGGCCUGUUGUCCGCAUAUGACCUCAGCAAACGCGAUGUCCUGCUCGCCAAGGCGGUUGAGCUCGGAGACAUGCUCUACGCGGGCUUCAACACGCCAAAUCGAAUGCCUGUCGACUUUAUCGAUUUUCAGCAGGCCAAGUCGGGCGAAGGCUUGACGAUUGAAGCUUGGGUCGUGUCUGCGUCUCCAGGAUCUCUGUCAAUGGAAAUGGCACACCUCUCUCAAUUGACAGGCGACAUGAAGUACUACGAUGCCAUCACCGCCGUGAUGCAAGUCUUCCACGAGCAGCAGAGACAGACAAGAUUGCCGGGCCUGUGGCCCUUGUGGGUGUCGAUGAGGAAGCCGGAUGUCAGCUCCAGGGAGGAAUUCACAAUGGGUGGCGGCGCCGACUCUGCCCAUGAGUAUCUCCCCAAGAUGUACGCCCUCCUCGGCGGUUGGGAUCCCAUGUACGAAACCAUGACGCGGGAGUUUAUGAAGGCUGCCGACGAGCACCUCUUUUUCCGGCCCAUGCUUCCCGGCGAGCAAGACAUUCUCAUCUCGGGAAAUGUCAACGUCGACGAUCAUGGAAACAAGUCCUUUGACCCCGAGAGCGAGCACUUGACAUGUUUCAUCGGCGGUACUAUGGCUCUGGGCGGCCAGAUUUUCGGACUGCGCAAAGACGUCGAGACGGGGACAAAGUUGGCCAGAGGUUGUGCGUAUGCGUACAAAGCCUUCCCGUCAGGCAUGAUGCCCGAGAGGUUCAACACGAUAGCCUGCGAUCCUCCGCGCGCAGAAGUAUGCAAGUGGAAUGAAAGUAUCUGGAUCGAUGAGCGCGCCAAGAGACCCGAGUGGAAAGCCCAUAUUCCCAAAGGCUUUACAACAGCCAAGGAUCCGCGAUAUCUCUUGAGGCCCGAGGCCAUCGAGAGUCUCUUUGUGAAUUACCGCAUCACGGGCGAUGCGGAGCUCGUGGAUAUGGCCUGGGACAUGUUCAAGGCAAUUGCCAAAGGAUCGGCGGUUGAGUUCGGCCACGCAGCCGUGAAGGAUGUCACCUUGUCAGUGGAAGACCUCCCAAAGGAAGAUUAUAUGGAAAGUUUCUGGCUUGCCGAGACGCUGAAGUACUUCUAUCUCAUCUUCUCGCCUCCGGAUCUAAUAAGCCUCGACGAUUAUGUUCUAAACACGGAGGCACACCCGUUUAGAAUGCCUGUACCUUGA